UGGCAGCAUUGUCGAGAUAGGUCUGCGCAUGCGACCCGUUGCCUCAGUCAGUACUUGCUUGACGCUCCAUUGAGGCACACUUCACUGCGCACGAAAGUCACAAUUAGCCAGUAAAAAUGGGCUUGGAUAUAAAAUCAGUGCUGGUGGUGGAUGGAGUUGGUGCCAAUUGCACGGUGAUUCUCAAAUCACAUGGAAUCGCUGUUACCAAUAAGGCCAAAAUCACCAAAGAAGAACUUCUGCAGGAAAUUCCAAAUUAUGAGGCUUUAGUAGUGAGAUCAGCGUCUCAAGUCACUAAGGAGGUACUGAAUGCAGGCACAAAGUUGAAGGUAGUCGGGCGCGCGGGCGCAGGUGUUGACAACAUUGACGUGGAAGCUGCGAGUAGCAAAGGAAUUGGUGUUAUCAAUGCACCUGGAGCGAAUGCAAUGAGUGCAUGCGAAUUGACCUGCGGGCUGAUGCUGUCUCUUGCGAGAAACGUGGUGCCGGCUGCAGCGGCACUGCGUGCCGGCCGCUGGGAGAGGACCCAGCACACCGGCACUGAGCUCUACGGCAAGACUCUCGGUGUCAUCGGUCUUGGACGGGUUGGACGCGAUGUGGCAGUCAGAAUGCACGCUUUUGGAAUGACGAUUGUAGGUUUCGAUCCGUUCGUGAGCGCGGAACAAUGCCAGCAAUUCCACUGCACCAAGCUGGAACUCGAACAGAUUUGGCCCGUGGCUGACUACAUAACUCUCCACACGCCGCUCAUUGAUUCCACUAGAAAUAUGAUCAACGUUAAUGUACUGAACGCGUGCAAGAAAGGUGUCAAGAUAGUAAACGUCGGGAGAGGCGGCCUUAUUAAUGAGCGUGAUUUGCUGCAAGCCUUAAAAACUGGACAGGUUGGCGGUGCAGCCCUCGAUGUAUUCGAACAAGAGCCUCCCACAGAUCCUCUGACCUUGGAAAUAAUUCAGCAACCAUCAGUCAUUGCUACACCACACUUAGGUGCAUCUACAAAGGAGGCACAAGUCAGAGUGGGACAAGAAAUCGCGGAACAGCUGGUGAACUUAGUAAAGCCUGGCACGUACACAACCAUGCUCGCAGAAGUUACUCGCAUACUCAGGAAAUGAACC